AAUAAAAAAAAUCCCUUAGCAGUGUUAUUGUCGAAGAAGACUUAGUCAAUUAGAUCCAGGACAUGGCACCUCAUGCUCCAUCUUCUUCUUCUUCUUAUGCUGCUUCAUUUCAUCCAAAAAGAUAUGAUGUUUUUAUUAGCUUUAGAGGCGAGGACACUCGGAGCAACUUCACAAGCCACCUUCGUCAUGCUAUGCUUCAAAAGCAGAUCCAAGUAUACAUGGAUCACGAAAUGAACAAAGGAGAUGAGAUCUCGCCAGCACUUUCCAAAGCAAUUGAAGAUUCACACAUAUCGAUCAUCGUUUUCUCACAAGACUUCGCUUCCUCAAAGUGGUGCUUGGAUGAACUCCUUAAAAUACUCGAAUGCAGGAAAGAGGGACAGGGAGUGAUACCUGUCUUCUAUAAAAUUGACCCAUCAAACGUGCGGAAGCAGAAAGGGAGUUACGAGGAAGCCUUCAAAAAACAUGAACGAGAUUUCAGAAACAACCAAGACAAGUUGACCGAGUGGAAACAAGCUCUGUUUGAAGCAGCCAAUCUAGCCGGGUUUGACUCUGGGAAAUUCGGGGAGGAAUCGACACUAAUCAAACAGAUUGUUGAAGAUGUUUCGAAAAAAUUGGAAUACAAGUACCCACCAAGGGAAUCAAAAUGCCCCUUUGGCACCGAUGAAAACAUUGCACCUAUUGAAUCAUUAUUAAUGGAAUUUCAAACCAUUGGAAUUUGGGGCAUGGGUGGCAUAGGUAAAACCACCAUUGCUAAAUGGUUAUUUGGCAAAUGCUCUUCUCAAUAUGAAGGAUCAUGUUUUUUAGAAAAUAUAAGGGAAAAUUUUGAGAAAGGUAAACAGGCACUUCGCAAAGAUCUAGUUUCCAAGCUUCUAGAAGAAUAUGAGAGAGAAAUCAAUGUGGAAUCCGUUGUAGUUAAGAGGAGGCUCUCUCAUAAAAGAGUCUUUGUUGUGCUUGAUGAUGUGAGUACUACAGAGCAAUUAGAAUAUCUGGACGGAGAACUUCAAUGCUUUGGAUCGGACAGUAAAAUCAUCAUUACAUCCAGAGACAUGCAUGUUCUCCUAUGGAAAGGAGUUGAUGAAAUACAUAAUGUAAAGAAAUUGAACUUGGAGGAAUCCCUUCAGCUUUUCAGCUUGAAUGCUUUUAAACAGAACUAUCCUUUAAAGGGGUACGAAGAGUUAUCAAAUAGUGCAGUUGCUUAUGCUAAAGGCUUGCCAUUAGUCUUGAAGGUUGUGGGUUCUUUUCUUCGUUCAAAAAGUAAAAAUGAAUGGGAGAGUGCAUUAGAGAAAUUAAGAAGGAUUCCUGAUGAUAAAAUUCAAAGUGUGUUGAAAUUGAGUUAUGAUGGAUUUAAUGACGAAGAGAAGGAACUACGCUCCCUUCUGGAGGCUGAGGAAGCAGCGAAAGGGUCCAAUGAUGGUACUCUAAACUCAUUCAACAAUUAUGGCACUGGGAAACAAUAUUUCUCCAAUGCAAAGAUCAACAGUGGCGCAUAUUCAGGUGACCGUGCCGCACUAUAAAUAACAGUGGUGACUUUGUCGAUGAUGACUUUAACGCCUCAACAACGAACCACAACUAUUGAUUAAGUAUGAUAUAUCUGUUUUUGAUAUAUAUUGCCCAAUAUGAUCUACUAUGUCAUGUUAUGCUACUAAUAAUGAAUAGGAGCUACAACUCUACUGAUCUGUACUCUGUAAAAUAAGAGUAAUGAUACGAGAGGAGGUUAAGAAUAUUAGACCUCUGCUUUUAUACUAAACCUCUGUUUAGUUGUUCUAUUGAUAAGGUUUAAGUGCU